AUGCUACGGUCAAUCCCAACUCAGCCAUGGUUAAAGCUGAAUCGAUGUUUGAAAUUCCGAUCCAUCGCAGCCACAGCAUUAGGAACUGUACGAUUCUACAACAACUUUCAGAAUAAACCACCACCACCAGGACAACCACCAUCAAAUCAAUUGGAUUCAACGCGAUAUCACAACCAAUUGAUCCACAAUGCAGUCAAGUCCAGGCUUAAACUUUCACCAUCUUUAGGGGCUUCGAGGAAAUUGCCAUUUAGAACCAUUUUCAUCCUUAUAGCAACGUCGUCAUCCCUCUCGAUGUUCUUCUACCUACUAGUUCAGCUAUUCAAAUUCCACAACGAAGAGAAGGAAGAAGAUGGCAGUAACAAGAAGAAGAGGAAGAAACUGCGAUCUAUUUUUCUUCCGCUUUGGCUCAACCCAAACUUGAUCCGCCGCAAAACGUUUCAUUUUCCUCAAGGCGUGCGGUAUUUGGACGAGGAAUACUACGAGUAUCUAAUGACUGAAAUUGCCCAAAUGUGCCAUACAAACCCCGAGGAUAUAACCAAGAGAGAGAUUGAUGCAUAUUUGAAGCAAUUGGAAAACACCAAUGUCCACUAUAGUUUACUAGAGAAAAUCUCCAUGAAUAAGAAAAUUCGAGAAAUAUUCGGCUUACCGUUGACUAUAGAAACUGGCGAUAGCGUCAUGGAUAUACGGGUCGAACUAAAGUAUCCUAGUGUAUCAGGAUUGCAGAUUAAUCUCGAUUCCAACACCACCGGCACCGCCACAAUCAGCAGGAUCAAAUGGGCAGUUCAAAUAUUCAACUUCAAAUCCGUGGUGGACGAUUCCAUCAACUCCAUUAGCGGCGCUUUUGAAACCUUGGAUAAUGCACCCGAUGCAGUCCUCCAUGAAGCCAAACUGGAUCAGGAGCCCCUUGAAAUCAACAACAAGCACAGAUACUAUGAGAUACACUUCCAGCACCAAGUAACAGUCAAAGAUCAACUGGGCGAUAAAGUGGGUAAAUUGCACUACAAGGGCACAAUUGAUUUCGAUCACCCGUCGAUUAAUCGAGGUAUAAAGCUAUGCAACGUUGAUCUUGUAUAUAGUGACACCAAGUAUAAAAUCGUCUAA